GAGCAAAAUAAACUCUCAGUCUGUCUGCUCUCUUUAUCUCUCUCUCUCUAGAGGGAAAAGGAAUUAACUUAACCAUUAAUUGCUGCUUCUGUUUCAUGAAUAUAGGCCCUUCUGCUGACUCCUUUAGCUCUCUCCCUCUCAAACAAGUCAUGGAAGAAGAAGAUGAAUCCAAUACCAGCACCAAAUGCACUCCCAAAACUAUGAGUUUUAGAGAGAGGGGAGAGAGAGCUUACACCUAUCACCACCACCGCCACCACCACCUGUUGCAGAAUUCAUACAGCUUUGGCUAUGGCUUUGGAUUUGGCUACCAAAAUCAAUACCAAAAUUUCCCUGCUUUGCUCCCUCUGCCUCCAACCAUACCUCUGCAGCUCACAGCUUUCCCUCAAAAUCACACCUUUGGACACAAAUCCAAUCUUCGGAGAGGUCUAUGUAGCCCUGCUCUUGCAACUUCCUCGGAUUACCAUGUUCAAGAUUUCUCUGCAGGUAAAAGAGAAAUCAAAAAUCCAGUUAGCAUGCCUUAUAACAGGAAGGAAAAUGGGAGAAAGAAAUCAGAUUCUAAGGCUAUGUCAUAUGCAAUAGCAAGAAGGCCAGACUCUGGUGGGGUGGAAGGGAGAGUUGUCACUCUUCUUGCUAACCAUUUCCUAGUCAAAUUCAGCCCGUCCCACCGUGUUUUCCAUUACGAUGUUGAGAUAUCUCCGAGUCCCUCAAAGGACAUUGCGCGUAGAAUCAAGAAGAAGCUGGUUGAGGAGCAUCCAAGCCUCUUAUCUGGUGCUCUCCCUGUAUAUGAUGGCCGGAGGACUCUAUACAGCCCUGUUGAGUUCCAAGACGAUAGGCUCGAGUUCUUCAUCAGCCUCCCGGUAUCUAUAGCUAAAACUUCUGUGGAAGAAGUGGUGGACUUGUCACAGAAAAAGCAGGAGCAUAAGAUCUUUCGAGUAAAUAUCAAGCUCGUGUCGAAGUUGGAUGGGAAAGUUCUGAGCAGCUAUUUGGAUAGCAAAGGAGAUGAUGCCACACCUCUCCCUCAGGAGUACAUCCAUGCUCUUGAUGUGGUGCUGAGGGAGGGGCCGACGGAUAAGUGCAUUGCCUCAGGGAGGUCGUUCUACUCUCGUUUGAUGGGAGGGGCGAAGGAGAUCGGGGGAGGAGCCAUUGCAUAUAGAGGGUUCUUUCAGAGCCUGAGGCCAACACAGCAAGGUCUUGCCCUCAAUGUGGAUUUCUCUGUGACAGCUUUCCACGAGAGCAUCGGAGUGAUCCCUUACUUGCAGAAACGGUUCGACUUCAUGCACGACGUCUGCCAAACAAAGGCAAGGUGCUUGACAGGCGAAGAGAGGAAGGAGGUCGAGAGGGCCCUUAAGAAUAUCCGGAUCUUUGUCUGCCAUAGAGAGACGGUGCAGAGAUAUCGAGUCCAUAGCUUAACUGAGGAAGUUACUGAGAAUCUAUGGUUCCCUGAUAGAGAUGGUUCAAGUUUGAGGCUUUUACAUUAUUUCAAAGAUCACUAUGAUUAUGAUGUGCAGUAUAGAAAUCUGCCAUGUUUGCAGAUUAGUAGGAGGAAGCCUUGCUAUCUACCUAUGGAGCUUUGUGUGAUCUGUGAAGGGCAGAAGUUUUUCGGGAAGCUCUCGGAUGAUCAGACCGCGAAGCUCCUCAAAAUGGGCUGCCAACGGCCGUUACAACGCAAGGCUAUCAUCGAUGGAGUCAUGCAUGGGCCAGCCGGACCAACAAGUGGGAGCAUGGCGAACGAGUUCAAGCUGCAUGUGGCUAGAGAGAUGACACAGUUGAAAGGGAGAAUCCUUUACCCUCCGAAGCUCAAGCUCGGACACAGUGGCCAUGUGAGGAAUCUGACCCCAUCGCGCCACGACCGUCAAUGGAACCUCCUAGACAGCCACGUCUUCGAGGGCACGUGCGUGAAGAGGUGGGCGAUCAUAAGCUUUGGCGGCUCGACUGAUCAGAAAUCCGGCAUCCCAAGAUUUAUAAACCAGCUAUGCCAAAGAUGUGAACAGUUGGGAAUUUUCCUAAACAAGAGCACUGUGAUUAGCCCUCUCUUUGAGCCAAUGCAUGUCCUUGCAAAUGCCAAAGUGUUGGAAUCAAAGCUGAGGAAGAUUCACAAGGCUGCCUUCAACAAUCUGCAGCUCCUUAUAUGUGUGAUGGAGAGGAAGCACAAGGGAUACGCCGACUUGAAACGGAUCGCUGAGACGAGCAUCGGUGUAUUGAGCCAGUGCUGCCUCUACUCGAAUCUUGGCAGGCCGAGCUCGCAGUUCCUCGCCAACAUAGCCCUCAAGAUCAAUGCCAAAGUCGGGGGUUGCACGGUCGCGUUGUACAACUCGUUGCCUUGCCAAAUGCCGAGGCUCUUCAAGCACGACGAGCCAGUCAUCUUCAUGGGAGCCGAUGUGACUCACCCCCACCCGUUGGACGACAGCAGCCCCUCCGUUGCUGCGGUCGUGGGAAGCGUGAACUGGCCGGCCGCGAAUAAGUACGCAUCGCGGAUGAGAUCACAAACGCACCGGCAAGAGAUCAUCCAAGAUUUGGCCUCAAUGGUUAAGGAGAUAUUGGAUGACUUCUAUGAAGAGCUCUCCCAACUCCCGAGGCGAAUCGUGUUCUUCCGAGAUGGGGUGAGCGAGACGCAGUUCAACAAGGUGCUCCACGACGAGCUAGAGGCGAUACGGCGUGCCUGCUCGAAGUUCCCGGCCUACGACCCACCGAUCACGUUUUUUGUGGUACAAAAGCGGCACCACACGCGUCUCUUCCCGUGUGAGGGAGCCGAUCCGUCUCAAUCCAACGACGAGAACGUUCAUCCGGGGACGGUCGUGGACACAGUGAUCACGCACCCCCGGGAGUUCGACUUCUACCUCUGCAGCCACUGGGGCGUGAAGGGGACGAGCCGACCGAUACACUACCACGUGUUGUGGGACGAGAGCGGCUUCUCGUCCGAUGAAGCACAGAAAUUGGUUUAUAACCUAUGCUACACCUUUGUGAGGUGCACUAAGCCUAUCUCGUUGGUUCCGCCGGCCUACUAUGCGCACCUUGCAGCGUACAGGGGCCGGCUGUACCUCGAGCGCUCGGAUUCAGGAACUACGAGCUCGACGAGCCCCACCGUGUCGCGGUCGGCCCCGCCGCAGGCAAUGCCCUUGCCUAAACUUAGUGAUAAUAUUAGGAAGCUAAUGUUUUACUGCUGAUUUUGGCGGGAAAAUCGGAAACAAAAUUAGGUCUGAUUUACACCUUAAUGAUGAUGAUGCGUUAUAGUGUCAUUCAUCACAGACCUAUUCUUACUGAUCUUAUACUAUCUUUUCUUCUCAUAGUUUGAUCAGAUUUCAAUUUUCUACUAUGUUGGUGUAAUGUUUGCUAAUACUACAUGAUUAACAGAUUUUGCAAUUCUUGAUUCAAAA